AUGCCUACUGGCAUUAGCAAGCGCCAGCAGGCGCGGAAUGAGAAGACACUGGCGGAGCUGAUCCGCACCGUUCCUGGCAAUGACCGUUGUGCCGAUUGCGAUGCCUUGACCCCAGGAUGGGCAAGCUGGAACAUGGGCAUCUUCCUUUGCAUGCGUUGCGCCGCACUACACCGAAAGCUGGGCACACAUAUUUCCAAGGUCAAGUCCUUGACUAUGGAUACGUGGACAUCGGAGCAGGUUGAUAACAUGAAAUCGCACGGCAACAUUUUAAUGAACAAGAUGAACAACCCCCGGGGAAUCAAGCCGGCAAUUCCCACCGACGUUGACGAGGCCGAUGCGUGUAUGGAACGUUUCAUACGCCAGAAGUAUCAACACCGCUCAUUGGAAAGUGGAAAGCCAAAGCCCCCGAGCAGGGAGGAUUCGAGUUAUUCAAACUACUCCAACCCUAGGCCCAUGUCACCCCCGGAGUCAAGGAAGAGUGACAUUAACAUCUCACCUGAGGGAUCUCCUCCCCCGCUCCCGCCAAAGUCUGGCAAGUUCUUCAAGUUCGGUCUGCGAUCUUCAUCCUCCACCUCGAACCUUCGUCGAUUUGGUGGCAAGUCCAAGGCGCCUUCACCAGCCUCGGACAAGGGAACCUGGUCACCACCGCCACUGCCAACUAGGAGAACGACGGGUCUUGGUGCGCCUGUCGCCGAUGUGACAACGAAUUCUUUCGAAGCGAAAAUGGCGGCCUUGCAGGACAUGGGUUUCACCAAUGACCGCCGAAAUGAAAUGGUUCUGAAGGGACUUCACGAGGAUUUGGACCGAGCAGUUGAAACAUUGGUCAGAUUGGGAGAAGGGAGCAACCCUGUGUCGAGAUCUAGGACCCCAGCCGGGACAAGCACAGCUGCACCCGCAGUGACCCCGAAACCCGAGACGCCCAAGAACCCAUUCCCUGUGAAGACCGACAACACAUUCCCCGAGGUCUCCAACAAUCCAUUUGACCGGGCAGUAUCAAAUCCCAUCCCACAGCAAUCGCAAACACAGCAGCCGCAGAACGCCUCGUACAAUCCAUUCGAUCGACCAAACCCGACGCCGGCAUCCGCACAGCCUUUGGAAUCAUCGUUCCAGAACCUGCAGGUUUCCCAGCCGUUGUUCCCUCACUCUACUGGUGGAUAUCCCAACCAGGCACGCUCCAUUCAACAGUCUGCAUAUCAACAGCCCUAUACGCCCCCACCUACGUCGACAUUCUCACCAACUCCCUUUGUUUCGUCGCCUCAGCCAUUGGACAACAGUUACAAUCCCUUCGACCAGGCAGCGCCGCAGCCACAGGGUGGCUAUGCUGGUCAGACAUAUCCCAACCCGAGUGCGCCGCAGACGAAUCCCUUCUUUACCAGUGUGCCACAAAACCAGUCCAUGCAGCCGCAACAACAGCAAAUGACUCCCUCUAUGCCUCAACGCGCGGAUACCAUGCCGGUCAUGUCAUCCGCCUCACCAUUCGGUACCUCGCCAUUUGCGUCCGCUCCUUCGUAUCAAGGCCAGCAGCAACAGCAGCAGCAACAACAGUCAGCCAACGGUCUUGGAUCUUAUAAUCCCUACAACCAGGGAUCGACACAGAACGCCCCCCAGAACACAGGCGGCUACUCCAGCCAAUUCCAUUCCCACCUGCAACCGCAGCAGCCACUCACUCAUCAGCCCACGGGCAUGGAUAAAAAAAGCAUUCUUUCAUUGUACAAUAUGGGAUCUGCACAGUCUAAUAUCCCAACCAUCCCCGAACACCCUCAACAACCCCAGCCCCCUGCGAUGAACCCUUAUUCCCAAACAAAUAACCCAUACCAAACCAUAUCUCAGCCUCAACAAGCUCCAAACUUCCAACAGCAGAGCCAGCCUCAGCAAGCAAACUUCCAAACCCAAACCCAGAACCAGCAACCUUUCCAACCGCAACCACAGCAAACCGCCGCCCAGCCCACAACAUCCAACAACCCAUUCUUCGGCACACCCUCAACAGGAACCAACACCGCCCCAACAGGCAGCGGCUCCGGUCUUGCCGCGCAAGCAGGCAUCAGCCCGUACCAACAGCAACAAUCCUCAGGACUAGGCAUUACAAACAGCCAACCGACUGGACCCGCUCCAACUACUGCAACGAACAACAGUUCUCCAUUUUCCGGAAUGAGCAGUCCUCCGUUCACAGGAGCGAACAACCUCCCAUUUGCAGGAGCCAACAGCUCCCCUUUUGCGGGAGGGAAGUCUCCGUUCUCGGGCCCGCCUCCUACAAACUCGUACCCGAGACCGCAUAUGAGUCAGCCGAGUAUCGAUGUCGGCGGGCUUCAGAAUGGGCGGCAUAGCCCUGAUGCAUUUGCUAGUUUGAGUGCCAGGCAUGGUUGA